AUGGAUACACCCUUGCUUCUCACAAACCGGCGAUCUUUGAAGAGAAAGAUGGACUUCCCACCACCUGUUCCGCAUAAGAACGAUGAUGAUCUCAGAUUCCGAGACUUGCCACACAGAUUGUGCUUGGAAGGCAACAACGGUUUCGGUGUCGUCACUAGAAAGGGUAAGAAGAUUUUUAUGGAUGAUAGUCACGUAACUGAACCUUGUUUCGGCGGCAGCUCAAAGAAGAGUUUUUUCGGAGUUUAUGAUGGCCAUGGAGAUGGGAAAGCUUCGAAAUAUGUGGCUGCGAAUUUGCACAUAAAUGUUCUUGAGAUGAUGAAGAAUUGCAAGGAGGGGAAGGAGGAGAAGAAGAAGCCUUGA